AUGGAUCACCGCCAACUCUCGCACGCGCUGGCCGACGCUUUCAACGCGCUGGCCGACGAGGUGCAGCUCUUGGCCGACCGCAAGACCGUCCUCGAGCACAAGCUACGCUUCGCUCACGAACAGUUUCAGUACUUGGCCGACAAGUAUGCACCGGCGACGCCGGAGAUAGCCGAGACGCUGGCGAAGCUGCAGCUUCCGCCGCACACGGCCGUCGACAGCACCUCCCCCGUGCCACUCCCCCACCGCGCCUCGCCGCAGUCGCAGCACCGGCUCGCGCUGGUCAUCCGUGACGGCCGUCGCGCCGCCAGCCGGCUCGUCUCCCUCGGCGAGUCCAGCAAGACGGCCGUCUCGAGCAAGGAGACGUCGCAAACGUCGCGCCGUGGGACGUCGGUCUCGACUGCUCUCGAGCAAGACUUCACCGUCCAAGGCAAGAAGGGCAGCCUCGAAUGCCCCUUCAGCAAAACGCCGGCAGAGGGUGAGGAGCCUGACGGUCGGGGGGACGUUCCCGACGAAACGCCCCAUCACUCCCAUGAUCCCAUCUGCGCCGCCAUGUACGAGGAAUCGACCUCGCAGCCGGCACCUAGCGCCGCCGGCGCGAGCAAGUGUCCCAUCCGUUUCAUGGACAAGCACUCUCCCGAAGAGAUCGCACACUAUGUCGAAACGCACAAGCAUGUUCUGCCGCGCAGUCAUGAAGUCUGCCUCCGACGCUACCAGAAGAACGAGCUGCAGAUGAGGAAGCUCGACUCCAAGUACGGAAACAUUGUCAGCAUGAUUGAAGGCCUUAGUCACCUUCAUCAGCCCAUGCUUCCCGAAGAGGAGCAGUCUCUGCAGCAUCGGAGUGACGUAGACGGCGCUUCGAUCAAACGUGUUGAGAGCUGGGCCCAGGACGUAAGCGCCACGGCCGAGUCGGAUGCGAGCCGCCAGGAACCCCAUGGACAGCUGGUGGAGCGCCAAGGCCACUUUGACCGACCGCUGAAGGAAGUUCGCGUCGGCGAGUCCCCCAGCCGGCCCUGGGGGAUCUCGGUUCCUGCCUAUGAGAUGUCCGGCCAUGAAACCGAGGCGAUGGCGUCGCCUCCGCCCGCCCCCGUGCGGAUGACGAGUCCCGCUCGCAGCAUGCGUAUGACUUCCAGCGGCCCGAAAAAGUGCCCCUUUGCCCAUGCAAAGCUGGCGGCAUUGAAUGAUCGCGUGUCAGCUCCAAGGCCCAACAGGGAAGCGCCAGCCGGGCCUCGAACCCUUCGUGAUCCGCCCGUCACGCCAGAGAAGCCGCCGACUGGGCGCCCAUCGUCGCCUCCACCCAUGCCGCAGCCUCACUUCAUCAACCCCGGUGCCUCGAAAGAGGGUGCCGGUGGCCCACCGCAGAUGGUCUUCGCGGGGCCGGUUUUCAUUGGUUACCCCAUGGAACAGGCUGUGCAGUUUAUGAACCUCUAUCGCGGGAAUCAGUGA